AUGGCGUCCCAAUUUAUUGGCUACAAUGUUCUCGUGACCCUCAAGGCACCGCCCAAUGCGACCGUCCAGGGAGAAGUGGCCGAUGUCAAAGGCCAGCAGUUACAGCUUCACAAUGUGAAACCAUCUUGGACUCACCAUGUGCUUCCGUUCUAUUUUAUUGAUGCGACCGAUAUCGCGGACCUCUCUCUUGGAUCUUUGGCCAAGGGUCAAUCGCAAAAUCUGCAUGCCGCAAAGCAAGACCAAAACACAACCCCGACCGCUCCUGCAAAACAACAGCAGUUCGUUGACCCCGCUAUCUUGAGCUUUUCCAAGCCGCCGUCCAAACCAGCUAGCCACGGUUCGAAACCGGAGAACCGACCGCUUCAGCCUAGCCUCCCAAAUGAACCAACCCCGCGGCAGACCCGUCCGCCCCAAGUCGCCCAUACUCAACCGGCUGCAGUGCUGACGGAGCCAUUCAGUAACCUGGAGCUGAAUGUAGACGGCAGGGCGGGAGGCACACCACAGGUGGAGGAGCGUCGCGAGUCUGUCUACGGUUCAAGAGACGAAUUGACACCAUUGCAAGCGCCUAGUCAGUAUGCGUCAAAGCGAAAUCGACGAAGCGGGCAGAAGAAACCUCGACAGGGUGGAUAUCCGAACGCCGUGAAUGAGCAUGAUGGAGCUUCAAACACGAACCCGAAGACCCGAGGCUGGCGUCAAACUGCCUUCGUUGAACCAUCCGAUCCGCACUUGACAAACUCUCCACAAACGCAUGGAGAGAAAGAGGGGGUUCUCAAUGGGCAGCGCCGCAAGAAGAAGAAGAACCGCGGCUCUUACGCCGAAGACCCCAGUGGAUGGGCGACAGAAGAUGCAACCGACAUUCAAGAGUUGGGGGAUUUUGACUUCCAAACAAAUCUUUCGAAGUUCGACAAGCGGCGAGUGUUUGAGGAAAUCAGGAACGACGACACAACCGCAGACGAAGCUCGAUUGGUCAGCUUCAAUAGAAAGGUCCCCAAGCCUGGCACCAACGGGGGCAAGAACUUACACUGGACCGAGAACGUUCUUGAUAGCCCCCAGGAAAGUGAAAACGAAGAGAGUGAGAACGAGCCCAGUGAUGCUAAGCUAAGCAGCGGGACUUACUCCGCACGCGAGCUGUCAAGAGCAUCGGCACGAGGUCAGACUUCUCGAAAAGGAAGUGCUCUGCUGAGCCAGCCGCUCGCUCCCCCACAACUCAAUACCAUCGGACGAGGCCAACUCAGUUCUUCUCGCACCACGAGCCCUCGUCCGAACAAGACCCCUGUUUCAGCAUCCCCGAUAGGCGGGCCUGGUGUGUCGGGAGUCUCCUUGCGUCUCACUACCACCAACAGAAGUUGCCCAACUGUGAGCCCUUUACAGACCAUUGAGGUUGAGCAAAUUGCCGUCACGGAACUCGGUUUGACUGAAGACAUGAUCACCGAAAAUGCUGGAAGGGGCAUCGCAGAGGCUGCUGUCGGCCUCCUUACGAAUGACGCAGCUGCGCCUACUAUCUUGGUGCUUACAGGCAAUCAUCGGACAGGCGCAAGAGCCAUCUCCGCCGCUCGCCAUCUCCGUAACAGAGGCCACCGCGUAACCGCCUGCAUGCUGGGUAUUGAGCAUGAGAAUGAGCUGCUGGAGAGUUGUCGUAAACAGCUCGACGUAUUCAAGAAGAUCGGUGGACGCGUGUUGCGAUGGGAAGACUUGUCAAACCGACUUUCAACCUCUGAAUCGGGGCCAGACUUGGUAGUUGAUGCGUUGUUCGGCAUUCACAUUGCGUUUGACGACCUCCGCACCGAUGACCAGGCUACCGCUUUCGAAAUGAUCUCCUGGACCAAUCGAAGCAAUCUUGACGUUCUGUCUGUUGAUGUACCAUCGGGACUGUCUGCUUCUAGUGGCGAAGUCACGAUUGUGGAAGGAGGUCGAUUGUGCGUCAAUUCUAAAUCGGUCGUUUGCCUCGGAGCACCCAAAACCGGGGUGGUUCAAGCAUUGGUCGCCGGAGAGGGUCUCUCCUGGAACCUUGCAGUGGCAGAUAUCGGUGUCCCACAGAUUGUUUGGAGAAAAUACGGUACUCGCCGGCGACAUGGGAUUGACUUUGGGAACCGCUGGGUGGUCCCUCUGCGCUUCCAAGCGUCCGCCGCCUGA